ACAGAGUCUUCCCUACAAUCCAAAGAGAUUUGAAGCAUGUCCAGAGGUUUUGGCAAAGGAGGGAUUCACAACAGGGAAGUUUUACUAUGAGGUACAAGUGGAAGGAAAGACUGACUGGGUUGUUGGAGUGGUCACAGAGUCAAUUGAUAGAAAGGAGAACAUACCUCUGUCAGUUGAAAACGGUUACUGGACCAUUGAGCUUGAUGAGAGUAUAUAUAUAUAUGCAUGUAGAAACUUUAUCCAUACUUCUGCCCUCAAGACAACACUGCCCUUCUCAUCAUGA